UAUCACCAGCAGCUACUUGGAUUCAUCACAGCGUCUUUUGAGUUUUUCUCUUUGGAUGAACAGCAGGUCAUGAUGGACUCGAAUCCCCGCAAUGUGGUACAAGAUGUCGUGACCUGUAGGACAUGGACAGAUGCGCUGCACACGUUUCAUGUACCGUUCCUACAUUAGGGCCGGGUCCAUGGCGUCUUCCUCUGGCAAUUGCGAGAUACUAAGAAGCAAAACGAAUCCUUCGGCUUGGGUGAUUCUUCCCCGCAACUCGACAUCUUGGGCAAGACAUAAACGGACUCCUCUUUGUCACACCGUUUCCUUCAAACAGAGCAACAGCAGUAGCCAGCAGCAUGCUUUGAACCAAGGUCAAAGGUCACAUCUGCAAAACACCGAGCUGCUCGGCAGGUUGGCGGCGCUUAGGGAAGCCAUCCCGUUGGCUACCCUCUUUCCAUCAGCCUAUUCCACCGUUUUCCCCAGCUCGGAACGGUCGCCCAGAAUAGCUCACGUCCGCAGCAACCAUAUAUCCCCACGUGGUGAACGGCAACCCCUGCGCCUUUGGGGCAUUGCUGCUGUUCCCCUCUCCGUUGAGAUCUUGCUGGACUGAAUCUGCUUCCCGUCUUGGUGCUUGUGAUUUGGAAAGGGGUUGGGAUAUUCUUCCAUUUGCGACAGAUUCCACAAUACAAUGAUUGACGACGCCGGACUGCAAUGAUCUUGUUUGGUUGUUUAAAAACACAGUAUUCGAAGUGACCACCAGGUCGACUUGGGCUUUCCAAUUUGAGAGGAGGGGCAUAACGGCGCAGGUUGCCCACCAUGAAGAUUGCCUGUCUACAGUUUGCGCCUCAGGUCGGGGAUGUCGACAACAACCUCAACCGGGCUGAUGCCGUACUGAACAAGGCGCGCAUGGGGGAUCUUGAUGGUUUGGACUUGCUUGUACUGCCGGAACUUGCCUUUACAGGUUACAACUUCAAGUCGCUACAACACAUCUCUCCCUGUUUGGAACGUCGUGACUCUGGAAUCAGCUCUCUCUGGGCUCGAACUACCGCCCUGAAACACGAUUGCGCCGUUGUAGUAGGGUAUCCGGAGAAGGUGGACGUGAGCGCAAGAUGGCCAGCGAACCCAGAGCACUACAACUCAGCUCUCAUCGUAAACCGAGAUGGCGAUACUGUUGGCAACUACCGGAAGCUACACCUAUUUUAUACCGAUGAGACCUGGGCACUCCAAGGGCGGGAUGGUUUCUUUCGGGGCAAUGUCGAAGGCUUGGGGAACGUUGCUUUGGGUAUUUGCACUGACAUAAAUCCAUACGAGGUGGAAACACCAUGGGAAGCUUUCGAAUUCGGAUUUCACGUCAUGGAAGCACACGCAAAUGUGGUCAUAGUCAGCAUGGCCUGGCAAUCUCAACAGGAUCCCAGCCAAUACACCCGUCGGCCUCACGAGCCGGAUCUCGAGGCCCUGGUGUACUGGGUUCAGCGUCUUGAGCCUUUGAUCCGGGAGGAUAGUGAGGAGGAGAUUAUCGUCGUCUUUUGCAACCGGACUGGUGCUGAAGACGAUGUGAUGUACUCGGGAACAAGUGCCGUCUUGGGCAUCAGAGGAGGGGAAGUUUACGUGUAUGGGGUCCUCGGACGUGGAGUGAAGGAGUUACUUGUGGUCGACACGGACCAGCCUCCACUCAGCAAGUUGACCGAUGCCUCAGGGGUCGAGGCCGAGAAUCCUUACGCCGAGGAAACCGACGUCGAGACUGAGCCCGUCAAGCGCCGUGCGCAGGCCCUCGAGAUCCAGAUACCGGCCCAGGAGACGCCCAAAGAGCUACCAACAUCGCAUCCGAUCAGCAGUCGCAUAGAGGCUGUGUCAGCAACCCCCAAGUCUGCGUCUUCUGCUCGGUUACCCUGGCUUGCACCAGCUGAGCCCGAUGCCCAGAGUCCCAGCAACCCCCGAUCACCUACUCGACUGCAGAUACCUGUAACACCAGUGCGACCGAGUGCGGAAGAAUUCACUCUCAUCGACAGCGCCAUUGCCGAAGACAUUGCCAUUCCCACAGCAAGAUCAUCGCGGACUCCAAGCCCGGACCUGAAGGCAGCAUCGCGUCCUUCGAGGCUAUCAAUACCAAUGACCCCGUGGAAGUUUCGAGACAAGGCCAGCCCUUACCCAUGGCAAUACCGAGAUGGGUCGCAGUCAGCUCUUUUUGGUGGGGGAGCUUGCAUGACGCCAAUAACACCGUUUGAAGUUGAGGAGGGCUGGUUGGGGACACCCAUUGAUGCUAAGCCACCAAACUGGUACUGGAAGCACGAUCACUCACUCUCCGCCGUCAAAGAGGCGAUACAAGAGGAGGAAGAGGUGUCGCCGGGGAGCUCCUCAAAGCCAACCCAGAAGGUGGGAGGGCUUGAACCAGCAAAGACACAGCAAGACGCCUCGAAAGUCCGAGAUGCCACACCGAUCGACACAGAACCGCCAAAUUGGUACUGGAAACACGAGCCACAGUUGUCUUCUCUUGACGAGAUACUCCACGAGGAUGCAGAAGGUGAACAAACCGAGGCAGGAGAGAGCCCCAGACCGGAACAAGCCGCACCGUCAAAACCCACUAGUACCACCGUGGCAGAGGAUGUCUGGGUAGCCACACCCAUCGACAAUGAAGUUCCAGAUUGGUACUGGAAACACGAGCAAACGCUACCCUCCCUCAACGAAACAGCACAAGAGGAGCCUGAAGAGGACGAGCCAGAAGCAAAACAACAAGAAUCAUCCAGACUACGCCAAGUCUCAGCAGAGGACGUCUGGGUAGCAACCCCAAUCGACAACGAGGUCCCAGACUGGUACUGGAAACACGAACAAACACUGCCCUCCCUUGACGAGACAGAAGACGACCCGCCACAGAAUGCCCCCCAACCAGCCACCAUCACCACCACCACCCCAGCAGAAGAAGAAGAAGGAGAAGAAGAAGAAGAAGACCACACCCCCACCCCCAUAGACGAAGAACCCCCCGAUUGGCACUGGAAACACGAACAGACCCUCACUCCCCUCGACGAGGAACACCCAUCCCCUUCCCACUCCCAAGACUGGGCAGACCUCUCCUCUGUGUUGGCUAGUUUCAAGAUACACCCAAAGUCAGCGUUGAGCAACUCCAGUGCUGCGCAGGAUAUUGGUGCGGAGAGGCCUAGCUCGCCCAAAUCGCGGAAUGCGAGUCGGUCGAGGCAGAUUUAUAGCUCGAUGGAGAAUUAUGAUUGGGAGCAGGGGCAGCAGCAGGCGAGGGGGGGUGGUAUGCAGGUCCUUGGUAGUGGUGGUGGUGGUGAUGGUGGUGGGGUGAGGAGGCAGCCGUCGCGGUUGAGGAAUGUUGUGAUGAUAGGGGAUGGUGUUUCUGAUGUUGAGGAGGAGGAAGAGCAAGCUCACGCCCGAGGGAGGGUUGGGCCCAGAUACCGGAGUGUAAGUCGUGGUCGCCAACCUGGGCGGGUGAGGGGGGCAGGGAUGGAGGUUGAGAGGUCGGGUUCGAGGCAUAGGGUUUUGCUACAGCAGAACAGUCUACGAGAUGGCAUAUCCCUACCGCGACAAAGUUGCCAAAAUUUGCAAGACAAGCGGCCAGAACAGCAACAGGACGACAGUUAUCGACAGCACAAACCAAGCAUAGAUUACGCCGCGCUGCCUAACUGGCCUUUUCCCCCUUCGCCGGAGGAUAUCAUUAAACCGGCUGGGACUUUGUCGAAUCUGUCCGUGGUGACGGUGGACGAUGAUCACAGUCCGGAGACGCCCAAGAUGAUGGGGAUGGGGAUGGCGAUUUCGCCGGUGGGGGAGGGGCAUGAGGAGUUUGAGUAUGGGUAUCGUCAUGGUGAGUGGGACGGUUGGGAGGGGAGUAAGAGGAGUUUGUUGAAUGAGGAGUGGGAGGGGAGGAGGGGGAGGAGGGGGAGGGCUUGA